AUGUUUCCAGCAUCAAGCUCAUCCAAAACAACGGUUGUAAGUGCUGUCCUGUUGAUGAUGAUGAUGAUGAUGAUGGUCCCACAGGCAGCAGCAAAGCCACACAGAAAGUUCUUUGAAGGUUUAGCAGAAGAAACGGUCCCUCUGCGUUUGGACCCGAACAAUUUAGUUCCCAGCCUAAAAUUCAGUUCUUUGGCCAACGACUCCAUCUCACCGUGGACCUACAACAUCUCCAGGGACGACACCAUGUUCCCACAUGCACUGUCGCAGGCGCAGUGUUUGCUCAAAACCUGCCUGGACCACGAAGGACUGGAGGACGGGGGCCUGGAGUCCCGUCCCAUUAUGCAUCAGGCGCUGGUUCUGAGACGAGUCAAGGCGCCGGGGGCAGGGGCUGGGCAUGGCUACCACUACCGUCUGGAGUCCAAACUCAUCUCAGUGGGCUGCACCUGCGUGAGACCGAAGGUGGUCAACCAGCACUGA